AUUCAAAAGUCAAGAGUCAAAAACCAAAAGAAUACACUGGCAUCGAGUGUACAAGGGAGUGAAACGAAUGCGAUUAAACUUAAAUAGCGGAGGUUUUGGGGAUUCUGUAAUCUUCGUCGUUGUCUUCUUCUACGAUUUCCAUUGUGUUAGGGUUUUCAGCAGUUAUUAUUGAUUUCACCGCUCUUAUUUGAAUCGCGCUUCUUCCAAACCCCACAUUAUUCCCACUGUACCGAUUUCCUUCAUCCAGAAAUCGAAAGAACCCCGCGCUCCUUUCGCUCUGCCAAAAGUGGCAAUGACUUAUGCGGAUGAGGAUGGCUCUUCGGGCUCUGGAGACGAUGCAAUCAUGUUGGAUGGACACAAACGCCAUGCUGGCGUGCCAUCUAGUUCCGGUGCCAGCCGGAAGAGAGGAAGGAAAGCUGCUGGUGGUGCUAUAGUGGAUGCCAUGCUGGAGAUAGCUGCUGCUUCGAAGAUGAGGGCAAGUGCAAUUAUGAAGAGUGAGGACAGAUUCUCCGUAAGCAAGUGCAUCAAAUUGUUGGAUGAGACGCAAGGUGUUGAUGAUCGGAUAUACUUUCUUGCUUUGGAUUUGUUUGAGGACCACCCCAAUGCCCGUGAGGUUUUCAUCUCUCUUAAGGAUGAGAAAAGAUUGCCAUGGUUGCAGGGCAAAUGUGGGGUUUCCUCUGCACAAAUUGUUUGAGAAAACUUUUUGUU